AGCUGGAACCCAGCUCCUCCCACCCGCUCAACCAGGGGCCGGUUGUGGGGACCGAAUCCAGCCUCCUUCAGUAGUGGAGUCAGUCCAGAUUUUCUAUUUUGUACAUACACUGUUUUGUAUAUACUGUAUAUGAUGACUUCGGUGGGCAGCGAACGCUCCCGGGGCACUCGGGACAAAACUCCGAUUUCGACCACCCCGACGACACAGCCACAGAAACAAGUAGUCCAGGCAACAGCCGAACAGAUUCGCCUCGCUCAAAUGAUCUACGAUAAGAACGACGCAGAGUUUGAAGACAAAGUUAAACAGCUUAUGGAGGUGACAGGGAAAAACCAGGACGAGUGUCUAGUGGCCCUCCAUGACUGUAAUGGUGAUGUGAACAGAGCCAUCAACAUAUUGCUGGAAGGGAACUCUGACACGACAUCCUGGGAGACGGUGGGAAAGAAGAGGAGUCUAGGCAAAGAAAGCUCAGAGAACAAAGAGAACAGAGAGAAGAGAGGCGACAGAGAGACGAGCCGUGGACGUGGCGGGACCCAUCGACGGGGAAGAGGCAGCGGUCGCGCCCGCGAGUUUCGAGCCGAGGAGAACGGAGUGGACAGCAACCAAGGGGAGAGGCCCUCAGAUCGUGGCAAGCGCGGCCGUGGGAGAGGAUUUGGACGAGGCAGAGGCAGAGGAGCAGGCAGGUUCUCGGCCCAAGGCAUGGGGACAUUUAACCCUGCAGAUUAUACAGAUUCUUCCGCCGCUGAUGGCUUUGGGGCAAAAACAGAUGCUUGGGAAAGUGGUCAGAAUGAUGCCGAAGAUGGAAUGGAACCAGCCCAGAGUGGACAUAACCUUGCGCAAGAACUGCCAAGUAAAAAUAAUUUUGGACUCAAAGGGGCGUGGAAGAACGCGAUAGAAGAAUGGACAGCAGAAGACUGGAAUGAAGACCUUUCGGAAACGAAGGUCUUCACGGCUUCCUCUGUUCCGGCGGAGAAUCACGUCACCCCUGGCCAGAGCAUUGACCUGGUGGCCCUGCUCCAGAAGCCCGCUACUUCCAGCCAAGAGACGGAGGUCAACUCCUUUGACCCUGCUCAACAGCAGAGCUUUGGACAGGCGCUGGUCUUCACCAACUCUCAACACAACACUCAGAUGGCCACGGGAACCGGCGGCUCCAACACCGUUAACUCCUACGCUCCUCAAAGUCUGUCUUCAGUUCUUGGAUCUGGGUUUGGAGAACUUGGCUCUUCGAAAAUGGCCAACUCGACUGGUUCCCAGAUCUUGGACCAGUUGAAAUCCCCUAGUUUGGGCCAGUUCACUCCCCAGAGCUCCCAGCAGAGCAGCAGCCCUCCCACCACCACAUCCUCCUGGGAUCUGAAGCCCCCCGUUCCCCAGUCCUCGGUUCUCAGUCAGUUUGACUUCAAAUCUCAGCCUGAGCCAUCCCCAGUCCUGAGCCAGUUGACCCAACGGCAGCAACACCAGACCCAGGCGGUCCCCGCCCCCCCUCCGGGGUUGGAGACCUUCUCCUCCCAGGUCAAACUCCGAGAGCCGUCGCCUGUAGACAACGCCACAGCCGUGAACAAAAUGCUGCAGCUCCCCAGCAUGUCUGUGGAAAGCCAAGUGGUCUCUGCCCAACAAACACAACCAAAACAGAUCAAACCACCAAAACGGAGGAUACCUCCAACUUCAAAGAUCCCUUCAUCCGCAGUUGAAAUGCCCGGCUCAGCCGACGUCACGGGCUUAAAUGUUCAGUUUGGAGCACUGGAAUUUGGAACAGAGCCCUCUCUCCCUGAAUUUGGAUCAGCUCCAAGCAGUGAAAGUAGUAAUCAGGCCUCUAUCAGCUUGUAUUCGAAACCUGUAAGUGAUCCUUUGAAUACCUCUUUGCCAAUAUCCAAUACAGUACAGGAGUCCACUUACACAACCUCCGUCAUCACCUCUUCCAGUUUGGCCAGCUCCUGCCAGAGCACUAGCCCCGUAACCACAUCUUCCUACGACCAGACUUCUGUGCAUAGCAGGAUAGCAUACCAAAGCUCCAUGGCUCCAUCCGAGGCCUCCCCGGCCGCCGUCACGAAUGGACACAGUGGUGUUCGAACACAGCAGACACUAGACACUACGUCAUCCGUCCCGUCGCCGAAGACCACCGAUCCCUCUCCCGCGUUGCCAGCGGCGGGGUCUCUACCCAGCACGGCUUCCACCACCCCGCUUCUGCCUUCAGCUCCACAGCACACAGCCACGCUGCCCUCCUUAGCCCAGGCCAACGACCUGUCCGGCAGCUCCCUCUCUCAGCUGAGCAGCUCACUCUCCAGUCAUCAGAACAGCCUUUCCUCGGCAGCAGCACUGUCAUCUAGCACUUCACACACACAUCCGGGGGCUGAGAGCACCGCCGCCGCCGCCGCCCUCCCAUCCUCCACCGCCACCGCCACCUUCUCUCCGGCCGCCACCUCCGCCACGAGCACCACCUCUUCCGUCGUCAGCAUGGCCAGCAGCAGCAUGAACACCACCAACAGCCUGGGGCUGACUGUGCCCAGCGCGUCCAUGCCAAGCGGCACCACCCGGGCCGCGCCCUUGGUGUCUUCAGGCAAAGCUCCCCCAAACCUGCCGCAGGGAGUCCCGCCGCUGUUACACAACCAGUACAUCGUGGGCCCCGGAGGACUCCUGCCCGCCUACCCACAGAUUUAUGGUUACGACGAUCUCCAGAUGCUCCAGUCCAGGCUGCCGAUGGCACCUCCUCUUCUGAUGACUCCUUUUCAGGAUUAUUACGGGAUCACCUUCCCCGCUCCGGCAACCCUCACGGGCCGAGACGGCGGCCUCGCCAGCAAUCCGUACUCAGGUGAUGUAAGUAAGUUUGGCCGGGGAGACUCGGCGUCGCCGGCUCCCGCCACCACCCUGGCCCAGCCGCAGCAGAACCAGUCCCAGAGUCACCACACGGCCCAGCAGCCCUUCCUCAACCCCACGCUGCCGCCCGGCUACAGCUACACCGGCCUGCCAUACUACGCCGGCGUCCCGGGGGUGCCCAGUGCCUUCCAGUACGGGCCGACCAUGUUUGUCCCCCCGGCGUCCACCAAGCAGCACGGCGUGAGUCUCAGCACGGCCACCACCCCGUUCCAGCAGGCCGGCGGCUACGGCCAGCACGGCUACGGAGCAGGUUACGACGACUUGACGCAAGGGACGGCGGCGGGAGACUACGGGAAAGGAGGCUACAGCGGCUCAUCUCAAGCACAAAACAAGUCUGCUGGGCCCGGACCCGGGAAAGGGGUGGCAGUAACCUCAAGCAACACAGGUGUGCCUGACCUCACGGGCUCGGCCUACAACAAGACUCAGACGUUCGACAAGCAGGGGUUCCACGCGGGGACCCCGCCGCCGUUCAGCCUGCCUUCUGCCCUGGGGUCCACGGGGCCCCUGAACCCCGGCGCGGCCCCGGGCUACGCCCCGGCCCCGUUCCUGCACAUCCUGCCGGCCCACCAGCAGCCCCACUCGCAGAUGCUGCCCCACCACCUGCAGCAGGACGGACAGGGGGGCUCGGGCCAGCGCAGCCAGCCCAGCUCCAUGCAACCAAAGUCUCAGGCCAACAAGAGCGCGUACGGCAGCUCCCCGUACUGGACAAACUGAGGCGCCGAGAGGGGCGGCCCGGCCCCCGAAGCCCGGCCCCGCCGGGACCCCCAGCCUGCUCCCAGACGAAUAGCGACAGAGGAAGAAGUAACUGUGAGCGCCAAACGGCUCCGUGGGUGCCGCCCCGCCGCCGCCGCGGGCCUUGGUCCCCGCCCGCCUCCACCAAACCUCCCCCCUUUGAUUUGCUGUUGUAUGUAAUAUAUUUAUGUAUGUAUUUGUAAAUGUAAUAGAAGCCUAAAUGUGGUGUCCGCCACCCGCAGCCUUUUUUCUCUGGGUGGGGGUGGUGAAUCCCCUCCUCUCCCCCACACCCUCCCCUACCCCCCCGCCGCCUUGGGCUCUGUGAGGCCCCCAAGGCAGGCGGGGCUGCGGGGGGACGGGACGGGCCCCCCACUGAGGGCAGGUGACCGCCGACCUGGCCGAACGAGAAGCCUCUGCCCCCCACCUGCCCCCGCCGUUACUUGGAAGAACUUAAUUUUUCAGCCCGUUGGGGGACCGACCCGCUGGUGGGGGCCCUCCGGCCGCCCCGCUUUUCUUUUCGAGCCGGCGGCCGCCAGGGCAGCAGCUCCGCAACCUUUUUCAUACCUAGAGGCUCCCCGACGUAGCGGUUUCUUAACUCGGCCGUCGUCAGCCGUGGCUCCGGCCCGUGGCGGGGGCGGCGGUGGCGGCGGCAGGCCCACCUCCCUCCUUCCCUCCCACCCCAUCCCAGCCCCGGGCGGGCCUGCCGGACGCCCGCCACCAGUUUGGUGACUUGUUUCAGUUCUUUUUAGCCCCUAUCCACCCAAUAAAGU